AUGAUGCCGGAUAAUGCAUCCAUUGCGUCCAACCCCCGCUCUGUCUUCCCCAAAGGCCCCAGCUUCACCCUCGAGGACUUUUCUAGUCGGGACUUCAUCGUCAAGGAGUUCAUUGAGGCACUCUCCGACAGUGCCAUCUCUAACCGCCGCUCGACUGUCGGAGCCACCGGCGCGGCCAACCAACCCUUCGAUCCUAAACCCCUCAUCCGAACCUUUGAACAUGCCCAACGGCGCCUCGGCGAGCUCUCGGGGGAUCUAGAGCUCCGGGAGAAUGAACUAUCGGCUGCCGUACGACGCGCAGAGGCGCAGCAUUCACAGAACCUCACCACCCUUGGCCGCAAACUCCGACAGACGAUCGAGUCCUUCCAGCAGCUCGAUACAUCACUGAAUGGCGCCGGCCUCGAAAGCGCCGGCGGGACGGGGAAUAUGGCUGUGGAAACCGGAAAGAGACUAGAGGAGCUGGACCGGCAGCGACGGCGGGCCUUGGAUGCCCAUUUUUUACUCGAGUGCUGGGACGGAGUCAGCAAUCGAGGCGAGAUUUCGCUGCUGGAGAACUUGCGGCGGUCCGGCACAGGGGAAGCCAAGGUCCGGUCGGCACACAUUGCCCGACAACUGUUGCGCAUCAGCCAGCGCCUUGACCCCCAGAGCUGGCAGGAGACGGCUGCUCCGGCUAAUGGCACCCAUGGGGCCAACUCAUCGUCUGAAGAGCUGAACAGCGAGGGCAGUGCCCCGCGGCGGAACACACGGGAGAUCAUUGAGAAAUUCUCGGAGACCCUCGAAAAGGACCUUCUAAAGCAAUUUGAUGAAUUCUAUCGCAAGGCCAACUUUGAAGGCAUGCGGGAUUGCGCGACGGUUCUGCAAGAUUUCAAUGCCGGUGCCAGCGUAAUUGCGCUAUUCGUCAACCAGCACCAGUUCUUCAUCGACCGCAGUCAGCUGGUGAACGAGGAAGUCGGUGGUGACCCCGAAUCAUGGGAAAAAUUAGCCGAUCCCGACGCAGAGCUCCCGGGGGUCGAGCCCAGCCUCCAGUCGCUGCUCGAUGAGGUCAAGAUCGUGGUGCAGGAAGAGUCGGCCAUCAUCCGGCGGGCGUUUCCAUACUACGAGCAGGUCCUGGGGAAGUUCCUCCAGCGAGUCUUUCAACAAUCAAUCCAGCAGCGACUGGAACUGGUUCUGGAAAAGGCCAACGGGGUCUCCUCGUUGGCCUUUCUUCGAUGCCUCCAGAGCUCCCGCGGCUAUAUCAGUACCCUGAUUGACGACCUGAAGGCCCACGGGUUGACCGAGCACCCCGACCCUAUUUCGUCGCAGACGGCAUUGCUGCUCGACCAACAACUUGAGGAGUUGUUCGUUCCCUACUUUGUUGGGUCUUCUUACAUUGAACGCGAGCGGCGCACUCUCGAGGAAUUGUUUAAUGCACUCUUGUUCAAAUUUACUAGUUUUCAUGCUCGCCGCAAGAAGGCGGCCACCACUUUCAUGGCAUCGUUGGCCCGGCCCGGGACGGAGCUUCUGUCAACAGCCCGCGAUGCCUUCAUCAAUCGUCUGGACUCACCCGAGAUCUCGCCCAUCCAACGACGAAUGCUCCUUCAGGUGGCCAGGUUGGGCGAGUCGCCAGAGACCUUGCGGCAGAACGAAAUCAAGCUGGCCGACGAGGAUGGUCAGCCGAACCUGAGCGACGCCAAGCGCAUCCUUAAGUGGCUGGCCGAGGCAGUGGGCCGCGGGCUGGAACUCAGUGUCAACAGCGACACCCCCAAGGAUGUGUCGGCCCUGUUAACUCUGCUUCUGGCCACCAUGGGGGAUGGGUAUGUAGACGUUUGUCUCGAUGCUGCCCUGGAGGCGGCCUCGGCUCAGGAAACGGGCAAGGCAGAACCAGAUUUUGCAUAUCUCCCCGCGGUGCGGACGACCAUCAGCGUCACCACGUUGAUGGUGAUGUGCGUCCAUGCAGUACUUCUUCCCCUGGCGACGGUCAGUAUCACCAUCCGCCGGGACAUGGAGAAGCGGACUAGUCAAGCAACCGCCCGCAUCGAGGAAAAAAUCAAUUCGAUCGAGCAGAAGACCAUCGAUGCGACUCUGGCGUGGGUCGGGCGGCUGCUCUCGGGGCAGAAGAAGAACGACUUCCGACCCCGAGAGAGUGACAACGCGGCAUGGUUAGAGAUGCUGCAGACUCCGACAUGUGCGUCCAUCUGCACUUUCUUGGCCCGUCUGCACACUGUCGCGCGGACGUCGCUCCCAUCCAGCGGAGCCAACAUCCGACAGGUACUCACAGAGAUUGCGCUGGGAGCGCGAGGGCUAUUCCUGGAGCACUUCAAGCGCUUUGCCGUGAGUGGGCCCGGGGGGUUGAUGGUGACCAAGGACAUGACCCAGUAUGCGGACCUGCUCAAGUCCUGGGACAUCGAAGAGGAAGCCAAGGGGCCCGGCGGCGCGCUGGACGUGUUGCUGGAGGUAGGCAGUCUGUUUGUGAUUGGUGUCGAAGCCCUGCGCGAGCGGAUCCGCGGCGGAGCAGCCAGCGGCGCAACGUCGGGACGAGGCGCGGGAGCGAUGGAGGCCAAGCUCAGCGUGCAGGAGGUGCGCGCGUAUGUCUCACGACGCGAGGACUCGAAUACCGUGGCCAUGCAACAAGUGCUGAAUGCACUGUGA